CUUCAUUUCCAGCUCCCUCCUCCAAAAUUUCCACUUGUUCAUCCCCAACAUUUCCUUUCCCUCUCCCUAUUUAAGAAAUUUUUAACUAACAAACUCCCAAUUUUAUAUAUGUUGACUUCCUGAACCACUUCUACAAGAAGAGAGAGAAGGAGAGAGGGAAAGGAGGAAGAACAAUCAAGUAGCAGGCGGCAACCGGCGCAAAAUCUGCAGACAGAACAUGGUGAAAGAUGAAAUCAUCAUCAACAAAUUCAUGCCUUCUUUCCUCUUCUCCUUGUUCUUCUUAUUAUCCUUCCUUCCCUUCUCCGCCGUCUCCCAGCUGUCUCCAGCUCAGACAGCAGCCGCCGUCGACAUCGCCGGGAAGCUCACAAACAACUCCGCCGCCGUCCAGUGGAGCCCUUCCAGGCAACCCAAUCCUUGUUCAUGGCGAGGAGUGCUCUGCUCAGCCGAUAAUUCGUCCAUCACGGCGCUUUCCCUAUCUGGGUUUGGUCUCUCUGACUCUGAUUUCUUACUCGAUGUCUGCAAGAUUGAAUCUUUACUCUCACUCGAUGUUUCGAACAACCAUUUGAGCUCAAUCCCUGAUGGGUUCAUCGCCGGCUGUGGCGGGAUGGGUGGGUUGAAAGUUAUGAAUUUCAGCAAGAAUCAAUUGGUGGGUUCUUUGCAAGUUUUCAAAGGGUUUGUAGGGUUGGAAACUCUGGAUUUGUCUUUCAAUUCGUUAUCUGGGAAUGUUAGUUUUCAGCUGGAUGAAUUGCAAUCCCUGAAAAGCUUGAAUCUUAGCUGGAAUAAGUUCAGUGGUCCGGUUCCUGGGAGAAUCGGGAAUUCGACUGGAUUAGAGGAGCUUGUUCUUUCUGUGAACAGUUUCACAGGAGGAAUUCCCAGGGAAAUUGGGGACUACAAGAAUUUGAGCUUCAUUGAUCUCAGUGUGAAUCGUCUCUCGGGUUCUGUUCCUACCGAAAUCGGAUCCCUCAUCAGGCUGAAGACUCUGAUUCUGUCAGCCAAUCAGUUGAGUGGGGCAAUCCCACCAUCGAUUUCAAACAUUCCAGCAUUGGAGAGGUUUGCUGCGAAUCAAAACCAGUUUGAUGGCAGCAUUCCGAUGGGACUAACGAACUUUCUGAGGCUGCUGGACCUCAGCUACAACAAGUUAACUGGUCCAAUUCCAGAUGAUUUGUUAGCGCAGCCGAGGUUGACGACUGUCGAUCUAUCUUACAACUCGUUGAAUGGUGCAAUCCCUGUGAAUUUAUCCUCUUCCUUGUUUCGCCUGAGGCUUGGGAGCAAUGCACUGAAUGGAAGCAUUCCUACCUCGUUUGUUUCACUUCAGAGUCUGACCUAUUUGGAGCUGGACAAUAACAGCUUGAGUAAUGUAGUUCCUGGUGAACUGGGUUCUUGCCGGAAUUUGGCCUUGUUGAAUUUGGCUGAGAAUGAGCUGACUGGUUUCCUCCCUGAAUCUGUUGGAAAUCUUGUCAGUCUCCAAGUUUUGAAGCUCCAAUCCAACCGUCUGACCGGUCCCAUCCCGGAGGAAAUCACCCAGUUAUUGAAUUUGUCGAUUCUCAACGUCAGCUGGAACUCGCUGAAUGGUUCAAUACCUCCUUCAGUGUCAAACUUGCAAAAGCUUACUCACUUAACUUUGCAAGGCAACGAUCUCAGUGGAAGCAUACCAAUCACUAUCAGCCAAAUGAAUUCUCUAAUUGAGCUCCAGCUUGGUCAGAACCAGCUGACCGGUUUAAUCCCACCAAUGCCAGUCAGAUUGCAGAUCGCUUUGAAUCUCAGCAGCAACCAUCUCGAUGGCCAUAUCCCAAACAGUCUAGCACAGCUCAGAGACUUAGAAGUUCUCGAUCUCUCGAACAACAAGCUUUCUGGAGAGAUUCCGGAUUCCCUCGUUGGAUUAUCUUCCUUAAUCCAACUCUCACUCUCGAACAACAACUUGUCUGGAACUGUUCCACCUUUCAAAAGCUUUGUAGCUCUUAACACAACUGGAAAUGAAGAACUCGUCUUACCUCCUACGAAACAAACUCCACCACCUCCUCAGAAAAGGAAGAAGUCGGUAGCCAUGGGAGUCAUUCUUGCUGCGGUGUCUGCAGUUCUAGCUGUUGCUGUGGUCGCCAUCGUUGUUCUCUUGUUAUCGAGACGUGUCCUCAAAGUGAACAAUGAUCAGCAGUCCGAGCUAGGGGAAGAUGAUCAUGUCGUGGGACCACCUCAGCAUGUCAUCCACGGCAACCUCCUGACGUCGAGUGGAAUCCACAGAUCGAGCAUCGACUUCUUCAAAGCAAUGGAAGUGGUGGCUGACCCUGCAAACAUCGUGCUCAGGACGAGAUUCUGCACUUACUAUAAGGCCAUCAUGCCUUCAGGAGCAAUCUACUUGGUCAAGAAGCUCAACUUGAGUGACAAGAUUUUUCAGAUGAACGGUCAUGAUAAGUUUGCUGAGGAAUUGGAGGUGUUGGGGAGAUUGAGCAAUUCAAAUGUGAUGACACCAUUGGCGUAUGUGUUGACGGAGGACAGUGCUUAUCUGCUCUAUGAGAACUUCAAUCAGGGUUGCCUUUUUGACCUUCUUCAUAAGGUUGAGAAAGAGAAGAUGGCUGUUGAUUGGUCUAAUAGGUAUAGUAUAGCUGUGGGAGUAGCUCAAGGAUUGGCUUCUCUCCAUGGAUGUAGCUCGGGACCGAUUCUUCUGCUCGACCUUUCGAGCCGGAAUGUUCUGCUGAAGUCGAUGAAGGAGCCUGUUGUUGGAGAUAUUGAGCUGUGCAAGGUCAUUGAUCCAUCAAAGAGCACCGGCAGCCUUUCUAUGGUCGCUGGCUCUGUGGGUUACAUCCCUCCAGAGUACGCUUACACGAUGAGGGUAACGAUGGCCGGAAACGUCUACAGCUUCGGAGUAAUCCUGCUCGAACUGGUUACAGGGAAACCAGCAGUGAGCGACGGGAUCGAACUGGCCAAGUGGGCUGCCAGCAACUCCAAGAAUCAGGACAGGUGGGACGGGAUCAUCGACAGUAACAUCAAGAGAGGCUCGCUUUCCGUGCGAAGCCAAAUGCUUUCUGUUCUGAAAGUUGCUCUCAGUUGCGUCAGCGCGUCGCCAGAGGCCAGGCCGAAGAUGAAGAGCGUGUUGCGCAUGAUCCUCAACGCCCGGUGAACGUGUGCCUAAAGCAGCAUAUGCUUCAUCUGAGACGCGCGCGCGAGGCCAGAACGCAUUCGAAGAUCACAACUCUUAUGUACAGGUUAAGAAAAAAAGAAGAAGCUGUGUUUGUGUACACUAUUUCCUCCUGUUCUACAGGGUAUCAUUGCGAAAGUAUUAUACCAAUUUUGUUGUUCUGUGUAAUCUAGUAUUUGUAUCAGAGCUUUCUGUUGUUCAAAAGGGGGAAAUGAAGAACAUAUAUAUUAACCUUACAGAGUACCAUCUUCUCCAAAGAAAAUACUAGGGCAGGAAAAUGAAUGUUCAGUCAUGGAGAGUAAUCCACAUAAACCGUUCGACAGAUCGAGCGGCAAGUAUCUCUUGCCCUUUUGAUGAGCGACUUUUUGCUUUCCGCAAAGUGGGACAAGGAAACUGUGGACGGACGGUAAGUCACACGUUUCAAAUAGAACUUGCCGUCGGCCAUAGGAUCCCCCAUCCCAUUCUCCGUCUGUAUAUACGUCCGGCCUAUUCCAGGUUCAUCAAUCACCAUCCACCGGACGAAGAACCCGCCGUGUUCCCAAACCCCUGUAGCCGACGGAGCUCCUGGAGCUGGAGCUGGAGCUGGAAUUGCGUCAUCGGCGUAGACGUUGUACAAUCUGACCCAAGGGCAUUCCUUCCUCCCGAGCGCCUCAUAGUUCAAUGCCAGCCAGACCUCCAAGAAAAUCCCCGCCGGCGACGACAUCGAAUUGGGUCGUCUGAUUCCAGAGUACACUGCGACAAGGUAAGAGUCAUCUUUCCCCAUGAGAAACGAAUCUUCGGUACUGACAUAUGGGCGCUCCUGAUUUUCCCGCGGCGGCGAGGGCAGCUCCAGCUCCGUGAACGUUUCCUUGAUUGCGUCGAAGGAGACAAGCUGAGAGCAUCCAUCGCCGCCGGAAGAAAUCCAGUGGCAUCUUCUCGUGGUUGGGGAUCCCGCCGCCGUGCUACCGACCCUUCGACCGCUGCCGCAGUUCAACCACUCCGGCCCGCGGCGGCAGAGGCGCCGCCACGAAUCGUUCCUCAGGCUGUACACGAAAAUCUUGUGGGAUUCGUAAUUCCAGAGCCAAACAAGCACCUUGUAGUCCUCCGUUACCGGGUCGAACCCUAACCAGAGAUGGCUUCCUUCGGGGCGGAACCAGUAAAGCAGCGGCUUCGGCGGCAGCAGCUUGGCCUCUGAAGUCGUGGGAUUCCACAGGAUGAUUUCCCGCGUGGACAAGGGGCGGGAGAUGCAGAGGAUCCCCUCGGCGCAGCCGGCGAUGGAGUACGACGUCGUCGGGAGAUAGCGGGAACGAACGGUCAUGAUGUGAGCGUCUCGGUUUCCCGCGCCGGCGUCGGAGGAGGAGGAGAAGAGG